AUGUUGAGAUCGUCUAUCCGUCAAUCUCUGGUGACCAAGGUUAUACUGAGAUCAAUAUCUACCACAAAACUCGGAGGCAUGAACAGUGCUCCUGUGGUGGUUUCACCAAGCAAAGCUGAGGUACAGGCUGGCCGACUGCGCGAGCGAAACCUAGAACUUGCUGUAAGAAGUGUGCUCCAGGAUGGUCUGGUCGUGAUCAAGGACGCCAUCAAUCACGAUGUACUCGACAAAUUGAACGACAAGAUGAAAGAAGAUGCCGUCAUACUUCGCAACGCAGGAGAGAACAGUCCGUUCAACUACAAUAGAGGCAACUUACAGCAGGACGCACCUCCUGUCAGAGCUCACUUCGAGCCGACUAUCUUUCUGAAUCCGCUGGCUACCCAGGUCACCUCUUCGGUUUUGGGCCCGCGGCCGAAACUGACCUUUAUGUCGGGAAACACUGCGAUGCCGGCAGCCGAAGGCGUCGAACCCCAAAGACAGCCGGUUCAUGCAGACGCAGACUUCAGACACCCUUCACAUCCAUUUGCAUUGGUUAUAAAUGUUGGCCUCGUGGACAUGAAUCCAAACAAUGGGUCCACAGAGCUAUGGUUAGGAACACACGCCACAACCAGCAUCGACGACCAGGAAGGGGCUCAUGGGGAACGUGCAAGUGGCAGGAUUAAAGAGGCUUCGCUUGAGAGACGACGUGCAGUUUCGCCUCCCAUGCAACCCACUAUUUCCAAGGGAUCCCUCGUCAUCCGUGAUCUCAGGCUGUGGCACGCUGGUAUGCCGAACUUGACCGCAGAGGUCCGCAUCAUGUUGGCAAUGAUCCAUUUUGCCCCGUGGUAUCGAAACCAAAUGCGCCUGGAGCUCGGCGAAGGGGUUAGGUCGUUGGUAGAGGCCGAGAAAGAUCUCGACAUCCGAGCAGAUUUCAUUCCAGAGCAGGAAGCAAUGAAGCGGUACCUAAAUCGGGGGUUUGGGAAUAGCUAUGAUUUUAAUCAGACCCCUUGA